GCCAUCAGCACUCUUUCUUCUUCUUCUAGGGUUUAGGGUUUACAGAGAAAUUUUCUCUCUUUUCUUCCUCUUCAAAGAAAAAUUCUUCAUCAGCUUCAGUUUACUUCAAUGUCUCUUCUUGAAGUUAUCACAAAGGCUUCAGCCGAUCUCAAGAGCCAAUCCUCUGAAUCAAACUUCCCUAUUAUCCUCAAUUCCGAUCCAAUUUUAUUAAAUCUCAUGCCUCAAAUCAACCAAGAUAAUAAAGGUGCGUUAGUAAGACGUGUUAACGGAUGGAAAGUUUCCAAAACCGAUACAAAAGUCAUAGAUUCAGAUCAGCAGUUCCUGAAGAAGUUGCAGCGGCAAAUGAAGAACCCUAGCAAGUUCGGUAAAACAGAAUUGAUGGUAACGUUGAAAUCGUUUCUGGAAACCAACUGUCAGAAUCUAGGGAUUUCGCAUCCUCUUGCAACGUCCGAUGAAGGGCGCACCCGGAAUUUGAUUGAAAAGCUAGAGUUUUCAAUUGGACGGGAGGUUAAAUGCGCGAUUACAGAAGCUUGUAUUAUGUUAGAGAUAUGGGAUUUGUUGGAGACAUUGAUAGUUUCCAGACUUGUUCAAUACCCUUCAUCAACGCAUUUGGUUAGUAGUUUAAUUGAGAAUAAUAAGUCUGACCUACUUUGUUUAUGCAUUGAACAUAUCUCUGAUCUUCAAGCAUCUGAUAUACUCUGCAUUCUAAAGUAUUUUCUCAAUCCAACUAAAGCUGCAUACACUAGUUUGGAAAUUGUUAGGAAAGAAUGGGAGAGUCAAUCAUUGAUUGCCAUAUCAAAGGCAAAUCUUGAGAAGAAAAGAGAGGAGAAACUAGGUUUAGCUUGUGAGGCAGCAAUCUUACUUAUGAUAGCCCAUGAUGAGUUUUCAGAUUCUGAACUAUGUCUGCAUUAUAUACUAGCAUCUCCAAACAUAGAUGAAGUCAUUCUAUCUUCAUGUGUUAGUAAGUUGAAUGGUGAAGAAAUCAUGAGGUUUGUUAAGUACAUGAAGAAAUGGUUGAACAAGUAUGAUAGAUUUCCUGAAGCUAGUCCAUGCCCGAUUGCAUCGUCUGAAUUAGGGUUGACUCUUUGCCAAUGGGUACCCAAACUGAAGGACAUAUUGAAAUGUCUUAACUUGGUGGUGGAUGAGCAUUUCUUGUCGUUGGUUUUGCAUACAGAGUUUCAUGAUGAGUUAGUUUCUUUGAAAGGAAUUGUUGAGUCUUUAAGUGGUGAAGCAAGGCUCUGUUGUUCAAUUGCUCAUGUUAUCAAGAAGUUGAAGAGCAAGGAUGAAGGUAUGAAUUGAUUAAUAGUUUUGAUAGAGUACAAUUUUCUGAUCCGACUGUCUGAAGAAAUCAAAGGGAUGGAUGGUUAGAUAGAUAUGAAGAUUGCUGAAAUUUUGGAGAAAUUGUUUUGUUAGUGAAUGAAUGAAUGAAUGAUAGUGUUCUUUUUCCAUUGAUGAAAUUUGACUAAGUUUAUUCAAAAGUUUUGUUGUUUAAGGAUGUUAUUGUAUAAUGGAGAAAAUGUUAUCUUAGUGAAUGAUUAUUGUUCUUUU